UCUGAAAUGCUUCAUUGAAUGUACGAAUCUUGUUGUUAUGAAUAAAUUGAAUAUGGGUUCGACUAGAUUUGUUAUGAGUGAUUUGACAGGUAUACGUCCUGAUUUUGCGAAAUGCGAUCAACAUUUAGAAAAUGAAAUUAUCUUGUAGGUGAUACAAGUUUCAAAGAAGACAAGUAGCUGGAAUUAAAAGUUGCCAACGCCUAUUUUCUGAUGUUGGUUUGUGAAUCGAUCGUCAUCACAUUCUUUAUUAUUUGAUAUUUUCGAUUAUUGUUGUAUUAGAAUUAUGUCUUCUCUUGGUUGCGCACCGAAAUUUUACAAAACGAAUGAGGACUCUUCCGAGGAAGUCAACAGAACUAUAAAGUGUAAUGACACUGAAUUUUCAGAAACGCAACGUUAUGCUGAUAAUUAUAUUUGCACUUCAAAGUACACUUUGAUCUCUUUUCUUCCAAAGAAUUUAUUUGAACAGUUUCAUCGUCUUGCGAAUCUUUAUUUCUUAGGUCAAAUAAUUAUUAUGUCAAUACCGGAGCUUACAGCUCUACAACCUGAAUCAACCGCAAUUCCUUUAUUCUUUGUGUUGCUGGCAACUGCUGUAAAGGAUGGCUAUGAUGAUGUGAAACGACAUUUGAGUGACAAUUCAGUUAAUGGUAGAAAAGCAAAUGUUUUGCACAAUGGAAAGUUAGAAAUUGUAGAUUGGUUAUCUUUGAAAGUUGGGGAAAUUGUUCGUUUGGCUAUCAAUGAACAAGUUCCAGCAGACCUAUUGGUUAUUUCAACUAGUGAAGAUAGUGGUCUUUGUUAUAUUGAGACAGCUGAACUUGAUGGAGAGACAAAUUUGAAAUGUCGACAACCACUUGUUGAAACCGCUGAAUUGGGGGAUGAUGAAAGGGGCUUGGGGAUGUUUAAUGGUCAAAUAACAUGCGAGUUGCCAAAUAAUACUUUAGAUAAAUUUCAAGGCACUUUGAAUUGGGAAGACAAGAAAUACAGUUUGAAUAAUGAUAACAUUAUUUUACGCGGUUGUGUGAUACGAAAUACUCAAUGGAUCUAUGGUGUUGUAAUAUUUGCUGGAGCUGAUACCAAGCUUAUGAUGAAUACAGGUAAAGCAAGAUUUAAAAAAACAUCACUUGAUAGAUUGCUCAACAGACUUGUUGGUGGGAUUGCUAUAUUACUUGCUACAAUCUGUGUAUUUUGCUCUAUCAUGUCAGGAGUAUGGGAGAAUGAUACUGGCCGGCAUUUCCAACAGUAUCUUCCCUGGGAAUCAUUUUAUAAUGACUCUCCUGCUUUAAUUGGUCUUCUCCAUUGGCCUGGCUAUAUCAUGGUUCUGAAUACUCUCAUUCCUAUAUCACUGUAUAUAAGUGUUGAGGUGAUUCGUUUGGGUCAGAGUUUGUUUAUAAAUUGGGAUUCAAAGAUGUAUUACGAACCAAAGAAUACUCCUGCUAGGGCAAGGACGACGACAUUAACGGAAGAGCUUGGUCAAAUAGAAUACAUAUUUUCAGAUAAAACAGGCACUUUGACCCAAAAUAUCAUGACGUUUAAACAAUGCUCAAUAAAUGGCACGUUAUAUGGUGAUAUAAAAGGCCCAGAGAUUAGCUUACAAAGCGGUGCUUCAAUGAGAUCAAGGAAAUCCGUUGAUUUUUCUGGAAAUAAAAUGGCUGAUGAGGAUUUUCAUUUCUAUGAUCAAAAUUUAAUGAACGCUAUCAAAGGAAACGACGAGAAAACUCAUGAUUUCUUUCGUCUGAUUGCAUUAUGUCAUUCUGUCGUUUCUGAGGAAGUCGAUGGUGAUCUGGAGUAUCAAGCACAAUCACCAGACGAGGCAGCUCUCGUUACUGCUGCUCGAAAUUUUGGAUUUGUUUUUCUUCGUCGUUCACCAACCGUCAUGACUUUACAGUGUCUAGGAACCGAGGAAAUCUGGGAACUCCUAUGCACACUUGACUUUGACAACGUUAGAAAAAGGAUGUCGGUAAUUGUAAAAAGAGAUGAUAAGAUAAAGCUGUACUGCAAAGGAGCAGAUACUAUUAUAUUUGAGCGACUUCAUGCCAGUUCUCAAGAAUUAAUGAACACGACUAAUGAACAUUUAAACACGUUUGCAAAAGAUGGUUUGCGAACGCUCGUGUUGACUGAGAAAGAUAUCUCUCCGGAGAAUUUGAAAGAGUGGAUUGUUCGUUAUCACGAAGCAAGUACUGCCACGGAGGAUCGAGACGAGAAGGUUAACGAGGCCUAUGAAGAAAUAGAAAAGGAUCUGAAUUUGUUGGGUGCAACGGCAAUUGAAGAUAAGUUACAAGAUGGUGUACCAAAUACAAUUGGCCACCUAGCUGAGGCUGAUAUCAAGAUUUGGGUUUUGACUGGCGACAAGCAAGAAACUGCCAUCAACAUUGGUUACUCCUGUCGACUUCUGACAAAUGAAAUGGAGGAAGUAUUUACGAUAAACGACGAAGAGGAAGAAAAAGUUCGAGCUUCGAUAAAAGAAGCAAUGAAUAGAAUUAGGUCAUCACCAAUGAUCAGUAACUCUGUCGAGAACAGUUUCGGUGCUGACAGUUUGACCGUUAAUAUUUUGCCCAACACCAGUCGUAUUGAAGACACGAGAACGCAGGCCGUAACAGAAAAUGGCCAGGAAAAGACCGUAUCUAAACAAAGUGAAUUUGCUUUGGUAAUCACUGGAAAAAGCUUAGUAUUUGCUCUCGAUAAUUCCAUGGAAAUGGAAUUUCUCGAGUUAGCUAAACAUUGUAAAGCUGUGAUAUGUUGUCGAGUCACUCCACUACAAAAGGCCCUGGUUGUGGAGUUAGUCAAGCGCCAUGUGAAAGCAGUCACUCUAGCAAUAGGUGAUGGUGCAAACGAUGUUAGCAUGAUUAAAUCGGCUCAUAUAGGUGUUGGUAUAAGCGGACAAGAAGGAAUGCAAGCUGUUUUGGCAAGUGACUACUCUUUUGCGCAAUUUCGGUUUCUGGAACGUUUGUUGUUGGUUCAUGGUCGUUGGUCCUACUUGAGAAUGGCGAAAUUUUUAAGCUACUUUUUUUACAAGAAUUUUGCGUUCACUUUAUGUCAGCUUUGGUUCGCUUUCUUUGUUGGUUUCUCUGCGCAGACGUUGUAUGAUGCUUGGUUCAUAUCUUUUUAUAAUGUCUUUUUCACUUCAUUGCCUGUCGUUGUUAUGGGCAUUUUUGAUCAAGAUCUUCCUGAUAAUAUUUCUUUGAAAUUCCCUAAAUUAUAUGUUCCUGGCCAAAAGAAUAUUCUAUUCAAUUGGAGAGUAUUUGUUUUCAGUCUUCUUCACGGCGUCCUUGUUUCCCUUAUCCUAUUUUUCGUUCCUUAUGGCAUUUAUCAUGAUUACAUAAACAGCAGCGGUUACGUGGAGUCGGGCCUUCAAUUCUUCGGGACAGUAGUUGCAGCAACACUUGUUAUUACAAUGAACUUACAGCUUGCAUUAAACUUACAUUCUUGGACAAUUCUCAAUCACAUUUCCGUUUGGGGAAGUAUCAUCUUCUAUUUUAUCUUAUCUAUUAUUCAUCAUUUGUCCUCAAACUGACACCACAAAAUUCAUAUCAUGGUGUACAAUAUGCUACCUACGGGGGAGGCCUUUUGGCUCUGUGCAUUAAUAACUCCUGCAGUAGGUAUAUUGCCUGUCUUUGUUUAUCGCACUAUGAGUCUGGAACUUAUGCCGACUAUUUCUGAUCGCGUUCGUCUGUUAUGGAAGAGUGGCCAGUUAGAAGAACCUGCAAAAUUACUGAGAAUCAGACCGAGAUCUAGUACGAGAAUGUCUCUGAGAAGAGGUGGAUAUGCUUUUGCACAGGAAGAGAAACUGAGUAGAAGAAUACAUGCAAAUCAUUCAAAACGAUCAACAUUUCGAGAAAGUAUUAAAGGCAAUAAGUAAUAGUUUCUUAUAUAUAUAUACUUUAGUAUUGUAUUUAUUGAACUAUGUAGGUGAAUGAAUUGACGCAGUUUACAUUAUGCGUGACAUUAGUAGCUAUAGAGAUCUAGACCAUGUAGUAAUUAAUAAAAAUUCAUAAUCGUA